GUCACAUUUCCACUACACAGUUCGGAAGAAAUGGCGGACAUGGACGAGUUGUUCGGGAGUGAUGGGGACAGCGACAAUGAGCAGCGAGAGUCCGGUUCUGGCUCCGGCUCAGACUCUGAGCAGGAGAGACCCCGAUCUGCCAGCAACGCCUCGGGGAGCGGCAGCGACAGCGAGCGGGAACAGAAUGAUGAGGAAGAAGAGGAAGGCCAGGAGGAAGGAAAACCCAGCAUCAAUAAGGAGCUGUUUGGAGACGACAGUGAGGACGAGCAACACAGUCAACACAGUGGCAGCGACAACCAGUCGGAAAGGUCGGCGAACCAGUCUGAGGCCAGCAUGCACUCGGAGCCGGCGGACCGCGACCACUCCGACGGCGAGCAGCACAGCGGCUCGGAGCGCGGCCGCCGGGACGAAGACGAGGAUGAAGAGGACGAGGCGCGCCGGUCGGGUGCAGGAAGCCCGGCCGGCAGCGGGAUGUCGGCAGAGGGGAGCCCUCACUCCGAGAUGGGCAGCGCGCGUUCGGAAAGAAGCGUGCACAGUGAGCCCGGGACGCCGCAGUCGGGGGCCGCCACCCCUCUGUCCGACGGAGAGGCCUCCGGCAGGGAGAACCAGUCUGAUGAUGAGAAGUGGGAAGGAGGGGCCAAGAGCGACCAGUCGGAGGAUGAGGAGGAGAAACGCCGUUACUCCGACGAAGAAAGAGAGAACUCUGACGACGAGGGGCCGAGGAACAGGAAGUCAGAAUCGGCAAAGGGCAGCGAUAGUGAAGAUGAUUUCUUAAGACAGAAAACUAAAACGAAAGCCGCAUACGAUUCAGAUUCAGACAGCGAUGUCGGGUCAAAGAAAGUAAAGAAGACGGCGGCAGACGACCUGUUUGGAGAGGCCGACGACAUCUCCUCAGACAGCGACGCGGAGAAGCCUCCCACCCCGGGACAGCCCCUGGAUGCAGAGGAUGGGAUGGAGGGCGAUCAUGCAGAAGAGGAGCACGCCCCUGAAACCCGAAUCGAAGUCGAGAUCCCGAAAGUCAGCACGGACUUGGGAUCUGACCUUUAUUUUGUCAAGCUGCCAAACUUCUUGUCUGUGGAGCCCAGGCCCUUUGAUCCUCAGUACUAUGAGGACGAAUUUGAGGAUGAAGAGAUGCUGGACGAAGAGGGACGGACCAGGCUCAAGCUGAAGGUCGAGAAUACUAUUCGUUGGCGAGCCAAGAGAGACGAGGAGGGAAACGAAUCACGGGAAAGCAAUGCACGCAUCGUCAAAUGGUCCGACGGCAGCAUGUCCCUCCACCUAGGGAAUGAGGUGUUUGAUGUUUACAAAGCUCCUCUCCAGGGAGACCACAACCACCUGUUCAUCCGACAGGGCACCGGACUGCAGGGACAGGCUGUGUUCAAAACCAAGCUCACCUUCAGGCCGCACUCCACAGACAGCGCCACCCACAGGAAGAUGACCCUGUCUCUGGCCGACCGCUGCUCCAAGACACAGAAGAUCCGAAUCCUUCCCAUGGCGGGACGAGACCCGGAGUCGCAUCGCAAUGAAAUGAUCAAGAAAGAGGAGGAGCGGCUGCGAGCUUCCAUCCGCAGAGAGUCCCAGCAGAGGAGGAUGAGGGAGAAGCAGCACCAGAGAGGCCUGAGCAGCGGUUACCUGGAGCCCGACCGCUACGAUGACGAGGAGGAUGGCGAGGAAGCAGUCAGCCUGGCGGCCAUCAAGAGCAAAUACAAGGGGGGAGGAGGCCUGAGAGAGGAGCGAGCAAGGAUCUACUCGUCCGACAGUGAUGAAGGCUCAGAUGAUGACAAGGCCCAGAGGCUGAUGAAGGCCAAGAAGCUAGACAGCGAUGAGGAGGGCGAAGGAUCAAGCAAGAGAAAGGCAGAGGAUGACGACGACGAGGAGGAGCAGGAAGUAGCCACCAAGAAGGCCAAGAAAUAUGUCAUCAGUGACGAAGAAGAGGAGGAGGAAGAGGUGGAGGAGGAGGAGGGCGGAAAGGAGGAAGGGGAAGGGGAGGAGGUGGAAGAUGAUGAUGAUGAUGAUGAAUAAUAAACUUUUUGUUACCUUUUCAUUCAACUUUAUUAUCAGUGCUCAGCCCACAUGGCAUAUAAACAAGCCAUAUUUAGUUUUGUAUAUUUUCUUAAGAUCCGGGUGAGUGUGAUCGUGUAUUUGCUUGUUUAUGUUGUGUACAGAAAAGGUGAGAAAUAAAAAAUCGAUUGUCUUAUGUAA